GCCUCCGACUGCCAUUGAAGAAAAGGGAAAGUAACCACGUUGGACAGCUUUUUGUCAAAGUUGUGAUAAAAUUAAUCGCAGUCGUCGAAGUCAUGGGACGUAAAAAGAAGAAGGCUACAAAGCCCUGGUGCUGGUAUUGUAAUCGUGACUUUGAUGAAGAGAAAAUAUUAAUCCAGCAUCAGAAGGCCAAACAUUUCAAAUGUCCCAUUUGUCACAAGAAGUUAUACACAGGCCCAGGGUUAGCAAUCCAUUGUAUGCAAGUUCACAAGGAAACUAUCAGUACUAUUCCCAAUUCUGUACCCAACAGAGGAGAUCCAGAAAUAGAGAUCUAUGGCAUGGAAGGCAUUCCAGAGAAGGACUUGAAAGAACGUCAGCAGAGGGGGGGAAGUGCUGGUGAUGAUGAUGAACCAGAGAAAAAGAAAGCCAAGACUGAGAAUCAACCACAAGCUGCAGCAAUGCCUGUAGCUGUACCCGGGGCCAUACCAAUGAUGCCUAUGAUGCCUGUGCCAGGAAUGCCAGUUCCGCCAGGCUUCCCUCAAAUGCCCUUUGUUCAGCCGAUGCCAGGCGCACCACACAUUCCAUCUGUUGCAUUUCCAGGUCAGCUUCCUGUUCACAUGCAAAUGCCAGGCAUGCCAAUUCCACCACAUGGGAUGCCCCCAAACACUGUCCCACCAACCAGCACAGCUACUGCCCCUGGUCAACCUCAACUUCAAAAAGGUCCUGUUAUUGGGCCUCAGGUACCCAAUACCAAACCCCUCUUUCCUGCUGCACAGAAUGUAAAUGGAGCUGCAAAAUCCAGUGCUUCAUCUGGCCCUGUGGGUGCUGACUUCAAACCACUACAAUCAACAGCAACAGCCACAAGUUAUCAAAGCCCACCAGUCACAUCAACUGGUAAACCAGUUGUUCCACCUCCUUCUUCCGCUCCUGUUGUUUCCAAGCCUGCCACCAUAGUUGCACCAGGAGCAACAAGCCGGUUGGUUCAUCCUGAUGAAGAUAUUUCACUGGAAGAACGACGGGCAUCACUUCCUAAAUAUGCACCAAAGACACCCAGUCUCCCAUCAUCUAACCCUGUUACCAUGGUUAGUGCCCCUCCUUUACAGAUGCAGGCACCUGGAAGUCAUCCAACCGUCUCUCCAAUGCCUCUGAUGGCCACCAUGCAACAACCCCCAAUUUCCAUGUCAUCAGCACCUACAGGGCCACCACAAGGAGGGCCAGCUCAGGGAGGACCUAUGCAUGGAGGGCCAGGAGGACCCAUUCCCAGGGGCCCUGGAAUGGGCCCACCUGGAAUGCGGCCACCUGGAUUUCCACCUCACAUGCCAGGACUGCCACCACACCAACAAGGAAUGCCACCUGGGAUGCCACCAAGACUUGGUCCACCUGGCAACUUCUCAGGACCACCAUCCCUCAUGGGAGCACCUCCAGGCCCUGGGGGACCUCCUCAUGGACCUCCCCCAAGAGGAGGACCAGGACUUCUCGGGCCACACCCUGGCGGUAGGCCACCUAUGAGAUUACCUAUGGGUGCACCUAGACGAUUUUAAGAUUGUAAGAUUAAUUCAACUAAGUUUAUCAGAAAUGCCAGAUGAAUGUUUUAUCUGAAGGAUAGCCACAUAGCAUAUCAAACUACUUGUUGUCUACUAUAUUUCCAUUCAGUUAUUCAUCUUCUAACCCCAUGCUUAUGUUGGCAAGGCUCAGAUUUUGUCUUUUGUAUUAAGUAUUACACAAGGUAAUUGAAAUGCAAUUAUUUCACUUGAAUUGGUCUUUGAUAUUCUAGAGUGGUCACAAGGUGAGUCUAUUUUUACGUAAGUAAAUUCUAAUAGAUUUCUCAAGUAGCUUAUUGAACAUCCAUACGCAGUCAGAAAUUAUAGGAAACAGCAGUAAAAUCUGCAGGAAAGGAACAGGUGUUUAUGUUUCCAACACUAACAUACAUAUACCUGUGUUUAACUGAGCAAUUAUAUCUUCACUUUUAGUGUUUUCCCUUUUCAUCUGGCAUUUCUGUCAUUAUUAUGUGCAAUAAAAUAUUUUGAUAUGAAACAUUUCCUGUAAUAAUCCAACUUAUUAUCUUUUUGUAGCGUAGAUAUGAUGAAAUGUUUGUUUAUUUACCUUAUUAAUUAAACUUUGCUCUCAGAUUCUUUUUGAAAAGGUAGGUACAAAGGAUUUAAAAAUGUAAUUUAAAUUUUCAUUUCUCUCUUGUUGCUUUUUCUUCUUGUCUCAUCAAUGGGUAGGUUAGCAGCAUGAUUUAAUUCCAGUUGAAGAAAAGAAAACUAUUGUACUUAAAUCAAAUCAUAUGCUUAUGUGCAAAUAAGUUGUGGUUACAAAAAAAAAUUAAUAAAUCUCCAGCUUCGGUUUUUUUUUUUAGUUUGAUCCAAAUAUUCAUUAAAGUGUAAUUAAAUGAGUGCGUCUCUUAAGAGCUCAGCAAAAGUUUGGAAGGUAGUAAGGUAGGUGGGUUUUGCAGAUUCUGUCUUACUACAAUUGCUCUUACGAGCAGAGCGUGACAUGUAAGUUAAAAAUAGAACGUUGUUUUGUAAACUUUGAGUUUGAUUUAGUGUUGUCCAUUGUUUAAUUUGUAUUUUGGAUAUGCCAGUGAUCUCUUGAAAGCCUCAGAAGUUGCAAGACCCCUUCCUGUCCUACUGCAUCCCCAACUCAAAUUCCAUUGAUUUGUUCGUUCUUAAAAGAAAUGUCUUAAUUUGUCAGGUAGAUAACAAACUCGUUGGGGUGCAAAACAAGUAAAUCAGCUGGAGUUUCCAAUAGAUCACAUGACAUCUUUUCAUCUUAGCAGCUAAGUUCAUUUCCUAUACAAAGUGAUAAAGUGAUUUGUUACAUGAUUAAGAAUUAUUACCAAAGUGCACUCUGCAAGGUAGGGUUCGUGAUUUAGUAUAGUUCAUGUGCACUUUGUUUACUCUGGCAGAAAAUUUCAACCAUUUUCAAAUUAUUGGUGGAAAGGUAGGGCCAUGUUUUUCAGGUUUGGCAUUCUUGAAGUUUUUCACUUUAGAUUAGAACUAAGUUAUUAAAAUAAAAGAACGAAAAGGUUA